CACAGGCAGGGAUCAAACUGAAUUUUUCUGUGUAACACUGAUCUGUCUUAACAACAAAAGUAUCCUUUCUCUUCCUGCAGUCGCUUGCCUUGUUCUCUACACAUCUUCUAACUUGUAGAGAAAUGCAGCCUCAUUCACUACAGAGCCCUGAUUCGUUGUCCUUCCUGUGCACUGAAGGAGGCAGGGGUCCCCUGAAUGUAUAGUAUGCGUGAUCGUGUCAUGAAAGGCUCUAUCAUAAUGUACAUGCAGAAGGGGGCUAAAUUAAGGUUUCAUGAGCAGCCUAAAUGCUGGCAUUCCCCAACAUUCAGCUUGUUCUAUUAGUGUUUUAUCAAGUGAGCUGCUUCGAAGUCAGCAUGCCUGUUCCAGCCAAGUCUGCUCCUGCUCCCAAGAAGGGCUCUAAGAAAGCGGUGACCAAGACCCAGAAGAAGCGCCGCAAGACCAGGAAGGAGAGUUACUCCAUUUAUGUCUACAAGGUGCUGAAGCAGGUUCAUCCCGACACCGGCAUCUCUUCUAAGGCCAUGGGCAUCAUGAACUCCUUUGUCAAUGACAUCUUUGAGUGCAUUGCUGGGGAGGCAUCUCACUUGGCGCAUUAUAACAAGCGCUCCACCAUCACCUCCCAAGAGAUCCAGACCGCCGUGCGCCUGCUGCUGCCCGGGGAGCUGGCCAAAGACGCCAUGUCGGAGGGCACCAAGGCUGUGACCAAGUACACCAGCACCAAGUAA